AUGGCGGAGGCGACUCAAGAAAGGGGGAACCCUACAGCCUUCGAGUUUCCGAAGAGCUACAACUUCCCACCGUUCUUCAGUCCGCAGCCGACGGCGUUGACGAGGCAAGCUCAACUCAAGAAGUGGUCAAUCCUGGUCCAGAGGUAUUGCAGGCACCACCGAAUAUUCAAGCUCACCGUCAUCGACGCUCUGGACACCCCGCUCUUCAACAAUUCUACCCUCAGAAAAAGACUGAGUCUCCAGGACGCCAAGGCCGUCAUCGACUUCAUGGUAAGCAAGGACGGUGAUGAACGAGCCGAAUGGCUGGGACUUGAGAAGUCUGAAGCGUGGAUCUGGUGGCGGAAACCAGAAGAAUGGGCCACUGUCAUUGCAGCCUGGGUCGAGGACACAGGCCAAAAGGGCACCGUGUUGACGCUGUAUGAACUUGUACAAGGAGAAACAACAGAAAGGCAGGAAUUUUACGGGCUAGACAUGGAAGUCCUUCGCAAAAGUCUCGCUACUUUGGUAAAGAAGGGGAAAGCUCAAGUUUUUGGCACAGAAGACCAGCAGGGCGUCAAAUUUUUCUGA